AUGGCCUAUGAGUUUUCUCAAAAGCCAAAGAGUUGGUCUCAAGCCCAUGAGUCCUGCAAGGAGCGAGGAGGGAAACUUCUGAGGGACCUGAACUGCAAGACUAAGAGCUUUCUUCAGGACUUCUCAAAAGAGAGACACACAAAGGACCUCACUUGGUGGGUGGCUACGGGGAUGUUAGGGCAGUACCAGGGGCCGGUGAUUGGUGAGUAAAAAUACUGGUAAACCACUAGAAAAUACCUCAUGAGCUCAGUUCAAGUGUCGUACCCCUAUCAAAACCCAAAAUAUAAGCUUGUUUUACUCCAAUGUUUGUAAACAAACUAAAUGUAAAACAAAACACUGUAUAGCCUCAAAACAUGUUUAAAACUAUAAUGUUGAUAUCAUGGAUGGCCAGUCCUUGUAUUCAUAGCCCUGUCUAUGAAUUUGACAGUGGUUACCCACUGGACACAGAUAUCAGUUCCACGUCAAGUUUUGAUUUACAUUUGGUUGAGUUGUCAACUUACAUGAAUUCAACAUGAAAUCAAAAGAAAAAUGUCACCAUGUCAUUGAGUUUAUAUUAAAAUUUGGGUGAAAAAAAAGACAAAAUGCCCUUACGUUGAUGACUUUUUAAAUAAUCCAAUCAGUUUUUCACAUUGAUUCAACUUCAUCACCUUGAAUUUUUUUGUUGAAAUUAUCUGGGAACAACAUAGAUUCAACCAGUUUUUGCCCAGUGGGUACAUUUCUCCAGCCCCAUCCCUCAGCUUUUUAGUGAAACAGUGGCGGGGAUUACGCUUUGUUAUUGUUUCAACUGCUGAUUGCCGGUUUAAGCUCUCUGUGAACCAUGAGAAUUGAAUUGAAUUUGUAAUUAAAUGCUAAAGUUUAGUAAUGAUAAUUAAGCCACUGCUUAUGGUCAUAAAGGAAUUUCUGAGCUGUACAGAGGCACUUUGUAAAUGACAAGCAUGUCUUAACUGGAAACUCUGACAGCUACCAUGUGAGAAGCACGUCUUCACUAUUGACAGAUUAUCAGUAUCAAAUGAUAUCAGCGAAAUCCAUUAUUUUCAUAAGCUCAUAUAAUAUAACAUAUUUCCACCAUAGUCUUGGAACAUAGCCAUAGGGUAAGCUUAGAACCAAGCUUUCACACUUGAUCCAUCAGCUAUAAUAUAUGGACAUUUUAAAUAAUACAUUGUUGUUGGAAAACAGAAUAUUAAAAUAACAGUAUUAUAAGGAAAACAGUACAUUUCAUAGCUUUUCAAUAAUUGUUUCAUGUGUAUGUAGUGUAUAAUGCUACAGGAGAGAAUGGUGCUUCUAAGGGGAAUGGGAGUACCCCGCUCCUCUGCACAUAUGUGA